AUGGACAUCCAAGGCAACACCAUUGGAGUUGAACUCAUGCAAGGACGAGCUGCAUCGGAAGCUAGCUACGGGAUGAACAUAGCGGGAGAAAGCGUUGAGCCAAUUGGACCGAUUACAAGAUCUCGUGCCAAGAAGCUACAAGCUGCAUCAAAUGGCCUUAUUCUCCCUUGUUUGAGUCAAGAACACUUGGAAGAAUGUGUUGGGUUGGUCCAACAACAAGCCCAGCCCAUUAUCCACAUGAUAUCAAGCUUGGAAGACCCACAAGAAAAUUUCAUAAUGGCGGUGGAACAAAAUUGCAAUCUAGACAAUCAGCAACAUGAAGAAGCAAACCUACUUCAAAUGCAGGCCUUGAUGGGUGAGCUACGGAGAAUCAUGCGAGCUGAGUUGGAGGGUAUCCAUCAAAGAAUAGACCAGAUGGAAAAUGAGGCGCUUGUCGCACGUAACCUGCCACGACAAAAUGCGGUGCAAAGACAACCUCGAAAUGGUCCCGAAAGAGCUAGAACACCACCACAAGUUUCUAGCAACGAAGAAGAUGUAAGAUCAGAUUUUUAUGAGGCUCCUCGGAGACAAAGACGAGAAAGAAGGGCUCGGGAGCAUGUUGAUGAUGAUCUCAGUGGUAUAAAACUCGAAAUCCCAUCUUUUCAUCACUAUUCUGAGCGAAAGAAAGUGAAGUUGGCAGCCGCUCGCUUUAGUGAUUAUGCACUUGCAUGGUGGGAUCAACUUGUAACCACACGAAGAAGAAAUGGGGAGAAUCCUAUUGAUGCUUGGGAUGACAUGAAAGCGGUUAUGAGGCGAAGAUUUGUUCCAAACCACUAUCAUAGAGAAGUUCUCCAACGAUUGAGGCGUUUGGUCCAAGGUAACCGUAGUGUCGAAGAAUAUUAUAAAGAGAUGGAAAUACUAAUGAUUCGAGCCAAUGUUGAUGAGGAUAGGGAGUCAACGAUGGACAGAUUUAUUGGAGGGUUGAAUCAGGAGAUCCAAGAUCGUGUGGAGACUCAACACUAUGUUGAGAUGGAGGAGUUGCUACAUCUUGCGAUCAAGUUUGAGAACCAAAUCAAAAGAAGGGGGAAAACACAUCAGAAGUUUGGUUCCAACUCUUCCAAUGCUCGGCCACAUUUCCACAAAGAAGAUAAGCAAUUUGGUUCAAAAGUGGCAGCAAAGCCCGAGGGCAAACCUGAUACGUCCCAGCCUAGAAAGCAAGGUAUUUCUGAUGCUGUUCCAUCACGUACUCGAGAUAUUCGAUGUUUUAAGUGUUUGGGCAGAGGACACUAUGCAAAUGAGUGCCCGAAUCGAAGAACAUUGGUGGUUCGUGAUAAUGGAGAGGUUGAAACCGAAGCUGAGGACGAGCAAGAGGCUGAGUCAGGUAAACUGAUGGUGACUAGAAGGGUUUUGAAUCUUCGAUCAAAAGAAGAGGAGAAAAUCCAGCGAGAAAACAUCUUUUAUACAAGAUGUGUUGUUAAGGACAAGGUUUGUAGUUUGAUCAUUGAUAGUGGGAGUUGUACUAACGUGGCGAGCAAUUCUUUGGUUGAAAAGCUAGGGUUGCUUACUCAGAAGCAUCCAAAGCCAUACAAACUUCAGUGGCUGAAUGACAAUGGAGAAACGAAGGUUCAUAGGCAAGUAAAGGUUCCAUUUCGUAUUGGCAAAUACGAAGAUGAAGUGCUAUGUGAUGUUGUGCCUAUGCAAGCUGGUCAUUUACUUCUUGGGCGGCCAUGGCAGUUUGAUACCCGUGAAUACGACGAUGUUUUUCUGGAGGAGAUUCCAAAUGGACUGCCACCAUUACGAGGAAUCGAGCAUCAAAUCGAUUUCAUUCCCGGUGCAAGUAUUCCAAACAAGGCAGCCUACAGAACCAAUCCCGAGGAAACCAAAGAGCUUCAGAGGCAAAUUUCGGAUCUGAUGGAGAAGGGACACGUCCGAGAAAGCAUGUCACCAUGUGCCGUGCCGGUGAUUCUUGUACCAAAGAAAGAUGGUACGUGGCGAAUGUGGUUUGUGGUUAGUGAGCAGGGAAUUCAUGUCGAUGAAGAGAAGAUCGCAGCCAUAAGGGAUUGGCCAUGUCCGAGGACAGUUGGUGAUGUGAGGAGUUUUCAUGGACUUGCAAGUUUUUACAGGAGGUUUGUUAAGGACUUUAGCACCAUAGCUGCACCACUUACAGAAGUUAUCAAGAAGAAUGUCGGGUUUAAGUGGGGAGAUGCACAAGAAGCUGCUUUUCAACUUCUGAAAGAAAAACUCACUAAUUCUCCACUCUUGUCUCUACCUGAUUUUUCUAAAGCUUUCGAGGUAGAAUGUGAUGCUUCUGGUGUAGGUAUUGGAGCUGUUUUGAUGCAGGAAGGAAAGCCAAUAGCUUAUUUCAGUGAGAAGCUAAGUGGAGCGCAACUAAACUAUCCCACUUAUGACAAAGAGCUUUAUGCUUUGGUGAGGGCGCUUCAAACAUGGCAGCACUAUCUUUGGCCGAAGGAAUUCAUCAUUCAUACCGACCAUGAGGCUUUGAAACAUCUAAAAGGUCAGCAAAGGUUGAACAAACGACAUGCUAAAUGGGUUGAGUUCAUUGAAACAUUUCCUUAUGUUAUUCGCUAUAAGCAAGGAAAAGAGAAUGUUGUGGCUGAUGCUUUAUCUCGUCGUCAUGAUGGGUUUUUGUUCCGAAAAAACAAGUUGUGCAUUCCUCAUUGUUCUUUGCGUGAUUUGUUGGUUAGGGAAGCACAUAGUGGUGGUCUAAUGGGGCACUUCGGAGUGGCCAAAACCUUGAUUGUUUUGCAGGAACAUUUCUAUUGGCCACACUUGAAACGAGAUGUCGAACGAAUCUGUGCAAGAUGCAUUGUUUGCAAAAAGGCGAAGUCUAGACUUCAACCACACAGUUUGUACUCUCCAUUGCCAAUUCCUAGUCAUCCCUGGACUGAUACUUCUAUGGAUUUCGUGCUUGGUUUGCCUAGGACCAGAACUGGAAGGGAUUCAAUAUUUGUUGUGGUUGAUAGGUUUUCAAAGAUGGCUCAUUUCAUUUCAUGUCAUAAAACCGAUGAUGCAUCUCAUAUAGCUUCAUUGUUCUUCAAGGAUAUUGUACGUUUGCAUGGCAUGCCUAGGACUAUAGUUUCAGACCGUGAUGCGAAAUUCUGGAGUUACUUUUGGAAAACAUUGUGGUCUAAGCUAGGAACUAAGCUCUUGUUCUCAACUACAUGCCACCCGCAAACCGAUGGACAAACUGAAGUUGUUAAUCAUAUAUUGUCUACUUUGUUUCGUUCUCUUGUGAAAAAGAACUUGAAAUCAUGGGAAGAUUGUUUGCCUCAUCUUGAGUUUGCAUAUAAUCGAUCUGUGCACUCGGCUACGAAAUUUUCUCCAUUUGAAAUCGUUUAUGGCUUUAAUCCUUUGACUCCUUUGGACUUGUCUCCUUUGCCAUUGGUUUGGGUGCACAUGCGCAAAGAGAGAUUUCCUAAUCAGAGGAAAUCAAAGUUGAUGCCCAGGGGAGUUGGCCCUUUCAAAGUUCUUAAAAAGAUUAACAACAACGCUUACCAACUCGAGCUUCCGAACGAUUCAGAUUUGAGGACAAAUCUUUCUCAAGAAGAGGAGAAUGAUGUGGACAUCCAAGGCAACACCAUUGGAGUUGAACUCAUGCAAGGAUGA